CAUUGAAGUUUGUGCAGUGUAACGCCACCAAAACUGAAUGAAAUAGGACGUGCUCGGAAACUAAUUUUUGAAGACUCUGCACUGCACUUUCCCACGGAUUAAGAGUUUCUGCUGUGUUUUGGGUACCGAAAUGGCCCAGUUCGUGUUUGAGAACGACAUGCACAGCAUUCUGAAGCUGGACAUGCCAAUCACAGACGCACCCAUGCCGCGAUGGCAGCGGAAAGCUAGCUCGUCGGGGACCACCUCUGCCAACACCAGCGCGCUUACGCCGGGGAAAUCUGGCAACAGAUCACUCAGUGCGUCCAAGACGCCCAGCAAAACUCCAGGCAAGAAUGGCAAACCCCAGUGCACACCAUCCAAAGCAGGGGCGGAUCGGUUCAUCCCCACCAGGAACAGCAAACAGAUGGACGUGGCCAGCUUCCUGCUGGCAAAGGAAAAUGAGCCCAUGGACCCAAAUGCAUCAGCAGAGAACCAGAAAGCCUGGUCUGUAAGCCUUAAUGGUUAUGAUCUCGAAGAGGCUAAGAUCUUGCAUUUGGGAGGAAAACCCCUGAACGCCCCUGAAGGUUAUCAGAACAACCUGAAAGUCCUCUACAGCCAAGUUCCUACUCCAGUUUCUACCAAAAAGACCAGAUACAUUUCCUCAGCACCUGACAGAAUCCUAGAUGCUCCUGAUCUCAGGAAUGACUUCUACCUGAACCACAUGGACUGGAGCAGUCAGAACCUCUUGGCUGUGGCGCUGCACAACAGUGUGUACCUGUGGAAUGCAAAUCAAGGGGACAUCACCUUAUUGAUGAUGAUGGAGAGGGAGGAAGACUACAUCUGUUCUGUGUCUUGGAUCAAAGAGGGCAAUUACCUGGCAAUAGGUACAAGUGAUCACAAAGUGCAGCUGUGGGAUGUGGAAAACCAGAAACGGCUGCGAAGCAUGGCUAGCCACAGUGCCCGAGUGUGCGCUCUCAGCUGGAAUAACCACAUACUGUCCAGUGGCUCCAGAUCUGGCCAGAUCCAUCACCAUGACGUCCGAGUGGCCGACCACCACAUCUUCACGCUGACGGGCCACACUCAGGAAGUCUGUGGGCUCAAGUGGUCUCCCGACGGGAAAUACCUGGCCAGCGGGGGCAACGACAACCUGGUGCUCGUGUGGUCAGGGGUGGACGGAGGCGCUUCAGCCGUUCACUGCUUCAGACACCACCAGGGGGCGGUCAAGGCACUAGCCUGGUGCCCAUGGCAGCCUAAUAUAAUGGCAUCAGGCGGGGGCACCAGUGACAGACACAUCCGCAUCUGGAACGUCAAUACCGGCUCCUGCAUUAGCAGUCUUGACACCCAGUCUCAGAUUUCUUCAUUGGUGUUUGCUCCAAACUACAAAGAGCUGGUGUCUGGUCAUGGGUACGCACAGGACAGUUUGAUUAUCUGGAAAUACCCUUCAUUGACUAAAGUGGCUGAGCUUUCGGGGCAUGACGGCAGAGUUUUAAACCUGACAAUGAGUCCAGACUCUUCCACCGUGGCUUCAAUCGCAGCUGAUGAAACCGUUCGACUGUGGAAGUGCUUCGAGCUGGAUGCGGUCAAAAAGAAGGCAAAGGAACGGAUGACCAAGUCCACCAGCAGCAUCAUUCACCAAGGAAUUCGAUAA